UUUGUUCUUAGCAGCAAAAAUAAGUUUCUGCAGACAAACUGUUGAAAGUCUGACACUGUUUUAUGAAAGUAUUGCCAGCUGAAGAAAGUAUUGUGGCAUUAAAGAAACAAGCUUGUAGCUCAUACAACAUAUUGAAUAACUUUAAAUAUGUUGUACUACAUACUCUUGUACAAUGAGUUUAAAAGUCUCAAACGGAAAAAAAAAAGUAUUACUUUGGUAAUUAAUAGCAACAACAACAAACAAAAUAAUGAAGAAUACAAAACUUGUAAUAUCAAUUGUUUUUUUCAAUCAUCUUUUUGUUGCAUGGUUAUCUGAACUCAACGAAAGCAGCAAGAGUAAUUAUCAAUUCACACAUGUUAUCUCGAUGUCACACAAUGACAUUGCUACUAGCAAAAUAAAUCUGCAAACUUUGUAUGACAAAGUUGAAGAACUUUUAACGGACACGAUAAGCAUAAAACAGAAAACGAGCAACGAAAAUCGAAAUAAAAGAUCUCAACUUUAUAAGGACACUUCAAAGCAAAUGUGUUCUGAAAUAAAAAACAUCAUAACAAAUGAUAACGAUACUUACGAGGUUGUAAUGAAGUUUAAUUCAAACAAAGUUGACUAUUUUAAAUCUGCAGCGUCUGUUAUGUCAAUGAAUUGCGAAUCAAAGAGUGGAGUAACUUGUGAAACAGUAUAUGAAACGAAAAAGUACGCAAAGUUGAAUAUAACCGAAGGAAUAAUUGACCUUAUAGGAAACGUUCAAGAACUCAAAGUUGGGAUUUGUUGCAAAUGUUUAAAGGGAUUUUAACAUUUCUUAAAGAUAUUUUUUCAUUUUUACGGUCUAUAUAUAAAUUAUAUAUUUUAUACAUUGAUUAUUUUAAUUACGUUUUUUCUCUUCAAUAAUAAUAUAAGAUAGUACUAGUUAAUUUAUUGAUUACUUUUAUUUUUUUUUAAAUUUUGAAAAUACUUGUAAUAGUUGAUUUAUUCAUUUUUUUUAAAACACCGUAAUUUCAUUGACUACA